ACUAAUCAAUAAAUAAAUUUAAUUUUUAUUUAAUAAGAAACAUCCAAAAAUCACAGGAUCAGUAUUCUUCUUCUAAUCAUAGCCAUUUCAUUCCUUCUGAAUCUUUCCUUUUGUUGCCUUCCCAAAAAGAAGUCAUUUUUUGUUUGGCUAAUUAUCGUUUUUCUUCUCUUCAACCUCAAAAAAAUAAAGAUUUAUCCUUUUCAUUCCUUUUUUUCCUUAUCCAACUUCUCUAGCUUUAAUUAUCCGAUUUUCAUUGGAUUUUGCCUUUCUUUUUCAUUUUUGUAAAGAGCUGAUCAAGGCCUUUUCGAACAAUUCAGAUUCUUUUUUUGUUUUCCAUACAGAAGAAGGUAACCAAUGGCUAUUCUAAGAUUGUAAUAGCUGUUCAAGAUUUGUUGUUCUUUCUUUGAGGCUGGAGAUGUCUAUGAGUCAGGAGAAUUCUGAUGCACCAACUACUCUACUGCAAGAUUUCUUUCUUCCUGACAACAAACACUGUUGGAGCAGGAAGGAAAGACACAAAUUUUCUGGUCCACUGAAGAAACUGGAGAAGCUGUUGAGUCAAUCAAGCAAUAAGACUUGUGCAGAUUGCGGAUCGCCCGAUCCAAAAUGGGUGUCCUUAAGUCAUGGAGUAUUUAUUUGUAUCAAAUGUUCUGGUGUUCACAGAAGCCUUGGAGUUCAUAUAUCAAAGGUUCUAUCAAUCAAGCUAGACGAUUGGACAGACGAACAAGUGAAUAACUUUAUUGAUUUAGGUGGGAAUGCUGCAGCCAACAAGAAGUAUGAAGCUUGCAUUCCAAAUGAUUUCAAAAAGCCAAAACCAGAUGCCACUAUAGAGGAGCGUUCAGAUUUCAUCAGGAGAAAAUACGAGCUCCUACAAUUUCUGAAUUACAGUGACCAAAUGAUCUGCCCUUAUAAACCCCAAAGGUCUUCAUCAGCUGCCCAAAUGAGUAGUUCUUCUCAAGAAAAGAAACAAUAUGACAAGCAAGCAACAAGACACCGUAUUGGGAAUGCGUUCCGUAACAGCUGGGGAAGAAAAGAUUCUGAGAACAAGCAGUCGAAAAAGAGCAACUCCAUGGCAGGUAUGGUUGAAUUUGUUGGGUUAAUCAAGGUUAAUGUGGUCAAAGGAACUAAUCUAGCUGUACGAGAUGUGGUAACUAGCGACCCUUAUGUAAUUCUUUCACUGGGUCACCAAUCAGUGAGAACACGGGUCAUAAAGAACAACCUAAAUCCAGUCUGGAAUGAAAGUCUAAUGCUAUCAAUCCCAGACCAUAUUCCUGCUCUGAAAGUGCUUGUCUAUGAUAAGGAUACAUUUACUACUGAUGACUUUAUGGGUGAAGCUGAGAUUGACAUUCAGCCUCUGGUUGCUGCUGCGAAAGCCUAUGAAACUUCGACAAUCAAUGAGCCGAUGCAGCUCGGUAAGUGGGUAGCAAGCAAGGAUAACACUUUAUUGAAAGAUGGUAUCAUCACCUUAUUAGAUGGGAAGGUAAAACAAGAAAUAAGCUUGAGGUUACAGAAUGUAGAGAGGGGGGUGCUAGAGAUCGAGCUUGAAUGCGUUCCUCUCACUCAAUAGCUAGCAUGGAGAUGAUCACCAAAUAUGAUUCAAGUAUCAUUUUUAUGCUAGACGUGCUUUUUAUCAGAAAAUGGAAGAAGAUACAUAAUAGGAAGAAAUGUUUAGCCCGGUAUUCUGUACAUUGCUGCAGUCCGUAUUUCUUUGUGAAGAUAACAUAUGACAAGGAAUCUUAGGAUUUUCGUUUUUGUGAAUAGUUUGUAAACUAUUUAGUCAUUUAAGUACAAUUCCAAACUCUGAUCAGGCUGAGCAGCCUCACUACACUAGAUUUGCUGGUCUGCUUGCACUUCUGUUAUCAAUUUAUCAUAACAUUAUUAUCAACCA